UGUCUUUAAGCUCCAGUGAGAUCCAGCGGGGGGAGUCUCAGCACACACGAUCAUUAUUGUGUUAGUGCGUCCAGUGCUGUGGAGGGAUCUGCUCAGUGUGCGUGUGAUCUGUUGUUUUUUAAAGCCCAGGAUGGUUAUUCCUGCACUUGAAACGCAUGGAGUAGAGUAAAAGGCUUCAAACCCGCCCAAUCAUGAGAUGCCAUUGGGUUCUAUUUGCCUCACAUUUUGUUUUGCUGCCACUAACAGCGUGGUGCCAGCCAGUCAUCUCCCCUAGUGGACCUCACAUUGUUGUUCCCAAGAGGGGGAAGCUGGAGCUGAGUUGCCAUGACAAUGCCACGAUGUCUGGUGCCCCGUCCAGGUUGAGGUGGCAGAGGGAGCGUGCUCGCCGGCUGGAGGGAGAGGUGGAGGAGGGCAGAACGACCUAUGUCAGGGUGUCAGCAGCGCAGGCCUACCACAUGGGUCGUUAUGUGUGCAUAAACAACAGCACACUGGAACACAGCUCCGUUUAUGUAUAUGUGAAAGACCCCCAGAAUGCCUUCCAGCGCACCAUGGUGAACGUCAUCCUGGUGCGAGAAGGUGAAAACUGCACCCUCCCCUGUCUUGUGACCGACCCUGAAGUCACCCUCCUAGCUCUGGAGAUGUGCGACGGAGGACCUUUGCCCUCUGGUAUGAGCUACCACAGCAACCACCAGCGAGGUGUCAUUAUCAGCAACGUGAGAAAGGAAUAUGAUGGUUGCUUCGUAUGUGUGGGGCAGCUUGAUGGAGCCAAAGUGACGUCCAUCCAAUACACUGUUGAUGUACGACUUGUGCCAGAGGUGCCUCCGGUGAUCACGCUGUCUCACAAAGACCCUGUUAUCCUGAGAAAAGGAGACGAGUUCAAGAUCACCUGUAGUUCCUCUAACGUCAACACGGACUUCAGUGUCAAGUGGGAUUUCCCCUCCACAGCGCAUCCCAUGGAAUUCCAAUCCUCACACAUCCUGUCUGGUUUCCACGGUGUCGAACGUGUCACCACACUAUUGAUCACGGAUGUCAGCAAAUCCGACUCGGGCACUUACCACUGCCAUGCCCACAACGAGAGAGGCACCAGUGCCACCGCGCUGCAACUGGAUGUCCAAGAUCAGGGCUUCAUAACCAUGUUAGGCAGCCCAGCUCCAGUGCAGGCUGAUGUCAAAGAGGGGGAGAGCCUGAGCCUCAGAGUCGAACUCAGUGCCUAUCCCGCUCCGCGCUCCCUGUCCUGGUCUUACAACGGCAAGCGGCUCCUCAACACCACAGAGCACGUCAUUACCAUACAUCGCCGCAAAUACAGACUCAUCAGCGAGCUCAGACUGGUGAGGGUCCUCGGCUCGGAGGGUGGGAUCUAUAAGUUCUCAGCGAGCCAUGAGGACGCAUCUGUAAAUCAUCCGUUUCAUGUGUACGUCAACAGCAAGCCGAUUAUCAUCGCCCAGGAAGGCCCUGUUGAUGGACAGGUGCGCUGCGUGGCCUCUGGUUACCCAGUCCCUAAAAUCAGCUGGUACUUCUGUGAGCUGCCCCACACGAGGUGCUCACACCUGCCCAAUGCCACCCAAUGGGAGUCCCUGGAUGUCGCCAUGGUGACAGAGUCUGUCUUUGGCAGGAGCGAGGUUGUUAGCCGUCUGAACGUGAGCAAGGAGCACACACACUAUCACACCCUGGAGUGUGUGGCUACUACGGAGGAGGGGGAGGAGGCCUACACACUGUUCUCCAUCAGUGAACGAAUCGUCCCCCAUAAACUCUUCACUCCUCUUCUGACCGGCAUGGUGGCCACUGGCGUCUUCCUCAGCCUCAUUCUCGUGGUGCUGCUCUAUAAAUACAUGCAGAAACCAAAGUUUCAAAUCCAGUGGAAGGUCAUUGAGAGUAUCCAUGGCAACAACUACAUAUAUAUUGACCCCACCCAGCUGCCAUAUGACUCCAAAUGGGAGUUUCCUCGACAGAAAUUACGCUUCGAUGUUCCCACAGGUAAAACUCUGGGCUCUGGGGCUUUCGGAAAGGUAGUGAGGGCCACAGCGUACGGACUCUGCUCUGCAGAUACUGUGACAACCGUCGCUGUUAAGAUGCUGAAACCCAACGCUCAUGCUACGGAGAAAGAGGCGCUGAUGUCAGAGCUGAAGGUGCUCAGUUACCUUGGAAACCACGUGAACAUUGUGAACCUGCUGGGGGCCUGCACCGUCGGAGGCCCGAUUUUGGUGAUCACAGAGUACUGUUGCUAUGGCGACCUCCUUAACUUCCUGCGCAGAAAAAGAGAGCCCUUCCUCAACUCCCAAGUUGGUGAUGGUUACUAUCGCAACGUCUCGAACCAAACAGAGCCUAAAGCAAGUGGAGAGGUGAUUGGUACAGAAUAUGUGACCAUGCGUCCCUCGGAGAAAGAAAGGUCUUCCCAGUCAGCGGAUAUCGAGGAGCUGUCUCUGGAUGCCGAAGAUCUCCUCAGCUUUUCCUACCAAGUGGCCAAGGGAAUGGAGUACAUUACUUCCAAGAACUGUGUCCACAGGGAUCUUGCAGCCAGAAACAUUUUGCUGACUCACGGCAGGGUGGCUAAGAUCUGUGACUUUGGGUUGGCACGAGACAUCACGACUGAUGCCAGCUAUGUGCUCCGGGGCAAUGCUCGUCUGCCGGUGAAGUGGAUGUCUCCUGAAAGCCUCUUCGACUGCGUCUACACCUAUGAGAGUGACGUGUGGUCCUACGGCAUCCUCCUCUGGGAAAUCUUCUCUCUGGGUAACAGUCCGUAUCCUGGGAUGCAGGUGGGCUCAGUAUUUUACAAGAUGAUUCAAGAUGGAAAAAGGAUGAGCAGGCCUGAGUUUGCUCCCAUUGAGAUGUAUGACAUGAUGUUGUCUUGUUGGAGCCACGAUCCUUUGAAGAGGCCUUCCUUCAGGAAACUGGUGGAGAGGACUGAGCUGCUGCUGUCAGAAAAUACCAGGAAUGUGUACCUGAGACUGAGCAACGCUCCAGGUCAUCCCGCGCAGGAGAGGGCGCCAACGCGGCGGCUGAGCUCCGUCUGCAGCACCACAGCUCCCACCCAACCUCUACUGCAAAGCACGGCUGACGUCUUCAUGGACUAUGUCUGACACACAGACACAAACAAACACACACUGACGUAUGCAUAUAAACACUGCUAUCAAACUUACAACCCCCUCCCCCCCCACCUCCCUGAUCAUUGUCACCUCACAAGAGCCAAAUGCACUCUGUAUGUAAACUAAUAACAACACACUCAAACUAACUGUCAAACACUGGACUUCCUGCAUUACACACGCACACACAACACACACCACGCACACACAACACACACCACACACACACACUGUAUAUAUGACCUUGCCCUGGUCUCUCAGUAUUGUCCUCUAUCUAAUCUCCCAUUGCUGUAUUGAUCUCUGCGGUAGGUAUAUCAGGUGCACGUCUAUAUAAAGCAGACUCCAGCGUUAACCGCCACCAGAUCCAAACAACAUCCCCAUCAGCAGCGGCAGGAGUUUGGCUCACAUUCAGCCUUAGAUUGCAUAUUUAAAUGCUUUGGGGAACACAGAGACCUUUGACUGAGGAAAAGAUAAGCACAGUUAGUGAAGUGAUCGGUGGAAUUUAUUUUGUCUCUACGUUUUUACAGGAAUAUUUUUGUCAGUUUGGGUAAUAUAAAGAAAUACAGCACUCUUGUAGGGAGCAGUGGUUUCCAGGAGAACCUGCUGGCAACCUUAUUUCAAUUUUUUCUUUCUUUUCUUAAGAGUUGUGCUUAUGCACAUGUCUACUUCUUGUAUAUGUACAAGAGCAAGGUUAGCAGUUUCCUCAUGUCAUCAGUCUUAAUGCGCUACACUAAAUGGCUGCUGGCUCCACCUGCAAACUUAAUUGUUAUAAUCCAGCCCUCUGCAAGAAAGCAAAUAGUGUAUUUUCCCAAACUCUUAAAAGUCUUAUUAAUUUACUGUUAGAGUCACUAGAUUAACUUGAGUUGUUGUCUGCAAGCCUUACUUAAAACUGGUUUUAAUGGGGCUUGAAAGACAAAAGAUGCCUUAUAGUACCUGAAGCCUCUUUUACAAUAUAACAAAUAAGCCAUAGUGAGGUGGCAUGCAAGCGAUAACUCCUAAAAAACAACAUAAAGUUACCAUAAGUCACAGAAACACUGACUCCCACCUGUGCGUUGUAGCUUUGAAUACUGUGACUAACUGGUGUAUUGCUGUAUGUAUUAUAGGGUUAGCUUUAGUUUAGUCUGUGGCCAGGCGUUUAUGACUGUUUGCUCUUUUGACUUGAUUUAUGUCAAAUAUGUAUGCAAUGUAAAUAUAAUAGAGAUGUGCCUUUAGGUUCUUUUUGUGAAAUACUGAAUGCAUUUGAUUGUGACACUGUUAUUGUCGAGAGCCAGGAUAGUUUCAGUAUGCUGGUUUUGAUACAGUUGGAUUACUUGUAAUAAAGAAAGUACUUGUGAUGGCAGAAACUUAAAAA